ACCAAUUACUUAUUAACAAAUAUCGUUCAUAAAAUGAUAAAUAUCAUAGAAACGAAUAUGUAUGAAGCAUAGAAAUUAAUUUAACCUCAUUAUCACUUCAUAAAUGAUCAUUUUGUCAAUCUAUAAACAAAUGAGAUUUUAGUACUUCAUCGAACAUAUUCAACAUCUUUUCUUAACUUGGACUACACUCAUCAUCUGAUGACGUAUGAUCGACUAAUUUCAUUCAUCUAUUAAUAUUGUAAAAUAUGACUACUGUAGAAAUGACUAGUACUAUGAUUCCUUUAAAUAAUACCGAAGCGACAAAUAUAACAUCGAAUUCAUCAUCAUUUGAAACGAAUCCAUUCGUGAUUGACUUAACUAAAUCAUUUCAUGUGAUCAAUAAACCAUUGGCUGUAUUUCUGUUUAUUUGUGUAUGUAUUGCUUGUUUAUUCUUUAUUAUUAUUAUACUGUGGUGUAUACGUACUUGUAUACGACGUAAAUAUGUUCCAAAAGUAUUACGUAAACGUCCAAAAGGAAUAUAUGUUGAUGAAAUACCUGGUUUAACACAAAAUAUUGAACAAUAUAAAUAUGGAUCAAUUGAAUAUUCAUUAGAAUAUAACAUAGAUCGUAGACAAUUAAAAGUUGGUGUAUUACAAGCGAAUAAUUUAAUUGGACCAAUUAGUUCUGAUACAUUAGAUCCAUAUACAACAGUUACAUUAGCUAAAUAUGAUGGACAUAAUUUACGUAUUAUUGGUAAACAAGAAAGAACCAAUAUAGUAUUGAAUACAAAUCGACCAGUUUGGAAAAGAACAUUUACAUAUGAUGUAGAAGAACAUGAUCUUAAUCAUACUGUCAUUAUAUAUGAAGUAUUUGCCCAUGAUAGUAUAUGUCAAGAUAUGAGUAUUGGUAAAUUAGAAGUAUAUCUUAAAGAUGAAGAUUAUAGUGAAUAUGCUGGAAAUAUUAUAGAACGAACUGGUUGGUUAACAGCUGGUACUAUUUAUAAAUUUGGUCUUGGUGAAUUAUGUAUUGGUGUUGGUUAUUAUCCAAAUAAUAAUUUACCACAUAUUGAUGUAUGUAUAUAUGAAUGUAGACAAUUAAAUAUAGAUGAAUAUUUGCCUAAAUCAAAACAACGUGAAUUAGAUAUAUUAAUUAUAUUAAAGCAUAAAAAGCAUAUUGUUUAUCGUCAAAAAACGCAUAAACGUAAAGAAUUAAUUAAUCCAUAUUUUAAUGAGAAAAUUAGUAUCCCUUUGAAGAAUAGCAAUGUCACUACUACUAAUACUACUAAUACUACUACUAGUAGUAGUAUUAUUAAUCAAAUUGAAAAUUUUCAUGUUUUAUGCCAAUUAAGACAUGUGAAUCGUUUACAUAUAAAACAAGUAUUAGGUACUGUGCAUAUUGGAUUAGAUUCAUCACAGGCAAGUGGAAUAAAACAAUGGGAAGAAAUGAUUAAAAGUCCAUCAAAAAUACACGUAAUGUGGCAUUCUAUUGUACCAUCAUAAAAAAAAUAACUAAAUUGUUUCCUAUUGUUGUUUUAUUCUUAUUUUGUUAUUUAAUUCAUAAUGAAUGUAACUAUGUAACUUUAAUUCGUUAUUAUUAAAUGAAAAAAUACAAGUAACCUCUUUACUGUUAUGAUAAUGGAUUGUUAUAAAUCAUGUUAUUAACAUUGUGAUUCAUUGAAGAAGUGGCUUAAACUAAGUCACGAAACGUUGGAAAGUCUAAUUUUUCUACUCAUUGGGACAUUAUAAAUAUAUUAUUUAUUUAUUAUAAUUAUUAUUAACUUUAAUAAUAGUUAUGUUAUGUAAUUAGUAUAAAUCAGGAUCUAGUUACUAUAUAUAUUACUAAUGCACUGUUUAUCAUUUG